AUGCAAUUCACCACUCUCUUCGCUCUCGCAGCCGCCCUGGCCUCGCCAGCGAUCGCAGCCUCUUGCAGACCCUACAACAACCCGGGCAUGAUGGAGGGCAACCGAUGCACCGCCAAAGAAUCAUGCCCGUGGGGCCAGCGUUUCGGAGAAAUCAAGGGAUACAACUUUGGCGAUUGGGGCAAGCCGUGCUCUGUUGAUUUCACCUGCUGUACUCGGUAA